UUCUGGGCAAAUUCUGAAGCAGGUUCUAUUGCAAACGGCAAGAGGAGGGGCGGAAAGAAGAAACGUCUGUAUUUUACAGCAUGGAAUCAGUGCUUUGCCAUUUCGGCGAGUGAAUCAGCAUUCAUCAACAUAACCCUAUGGAAACACCUCAGUAGUUCAUUCUUCGCCUUGCACUUUUACAUUUUAAUGGGUAUGAAGCCCACGGAAUAGUAAAUAAUUAUUCCGUGUUGCUGCCGCUGCUGUUGGCAGCGCUGCGGAGUCCCCGCGCACCGGCCCAGCGAGCUCAGCGCCACCGGGGAGCGGACACCACCCUCGUCCUGCCGGCGCCGAGCACCCUCAGGGCAGGGCCGGGCCGGGCCACUCCCGGGCCCAGGACCGACAGAGAGCGGAGGAAGGGGGAGGCACCCCCGGUUCCCUGCGCCCCGGCGGCCGGGGGCCGCGGCGGGAAGGCAGCAGCGCCCUGAGGGGAGCGCUACGCGUGCUGCCUGCUGGCGCCGCCCCGCCCCAACGGCCGCCGGGGCAGGGCGAGGGGGCGGCACCGCCGUGCGCGUGAGCUCAGCGCGUCGCAGAACCCAUCCGCCUGGGCACCGCCCUCCCUCCGCGGGCAGAGUCAGCCCCGGCCCCGCGCCGCCGGGCUCGGCCCGCCCCGGCCCCGCCUCGGCAGCACCGCCCCCUCCGUUCCUCUCUCUCUCUCUCUCUCUCUCUCUCACACACACACACACACAGAGACAGAGACGUUUCCUGCGUGGGGCCGGGCCCGGGCGGGCGGAGUGGUGCUGCUUCUUCCCGCCGACUCGCAGGUCCUUCUGCGGAGCUGGGAGUUUUCCACCUGGCAAUGUACUACACACACAGCAACUAUUGCAGGCGCAUCGUGGAAGGAUAGGGCAAAAUGGGUAACAAACAUCUGAACGCCAGCGUGCGUGACUUCUGAAUCCUGGUUUGGAAGUGCUCAGGAAGGUCUUUGAACUCUGAAGUACAACUAUACUGUUCUGAGCCACUGUCCUCUGGUGGCCUUUAGCCAAGCUUGUGGUCUCCAUUAUGAGCUCUAAGUUUCCAUUGUCCCUUCUUUGUUAACUGAUGGAAGAUGUGUAGCUGAACAAAUCGGUGUGCGUAACACAGCCUCAAAAUACUGGGAAUGGUGUUGGAUCAUACAUUGCUAAAAGCAUCUGAAUUGCACCUGGACAUAGACUUCCACCAAGAAGGGAAUUCCUCUGAAGAAUUUGCUGGAAGCGGAUACUUGUGAAUUUUCUGCAUGAAGACUCUCAAACUGGAAUACAUAAUAAUAUGCCUGCAUCCUCUGACUCUGUUAUUUUGAUCCUUAAAAAUGAUUAGGGUUGUAUAUGAAAUUUAACCCAUUUCUUAUGAGUGACCUAGACAUGAGUUUACAUCGGCAAAUGGGCUCUGAUCGGGACCUCCAGUCUUCUGCUUCCUCUGUGAGCUUGCCAUCAGUUAAAAAGGCACCAAAGAAAAGAAGAAUUUCAUUGGGCUCUCUUUUUCGGAGAAAAAAAGACACAAAACGCAAGUCUAGGGAUUUAAAUGGAGGUGUUGAUGGAAUUGCAAGUAUUGAAAGUAUUCAUUCAGAAAUGUGUACAGACAAGAACUCUAUUUUCUCCACGUGUACCUCUUCUGAUAACGGAACAACCUCUAGCAGCAAACCAAGUGGAGACUUCAUGGAAUGCCCCUUGUGCCUUUUGCGGCACUCCAAGGACAGGUUCCCAGAGAUAAUGACUUGUCACCAUAGAUCUUGUGUGGAUUGCUUGCGUCAGUAUCUCCGGAUAGAAAUCUCUGAGAGCAGAGUUAAUAUUAGCUGUCCAGAAUGCUCGGAACGAUUUAAUCCUCAUGAUAUUCGUUUGAUAUUAAAUGAUGACAUCUUGAUGGAAAAAUACGAAGAAUUUAUGCUUAGGCGAUGGCUGGUUGCCGAUCCUGAUUGUAGGUGGUGCCCAGCUCCAGAUUGUGGAUAUGCUGUGAUCGCUUUUGGAUGUGCCAGCUGUCCCAAACUUACAUGUGGACGAGAAGGCUGUGGAACUGAAUUUUGCUACCACUGUAAGCAGAUUUGGCACCCAAACCAGACCUGCGAUGCUGCUCGCCAGGAGAGAGCUCAAAGUCUCCGCCUGAGAACAAUUCGUUCUUCAUCUAUUAGUUACAGCCAGGAAUCUGGAGCAGCAGCUGAUGACAUAAAGCCAUGCCCACGCUGUGCUGCUUACAUAAUAAAAAUGAAUGAUGGAAGCUGCAAUCAUAUGACUUGUGCUGUCUGUGGCUGUGAAUUCUGUUGGCUAUGUAUGAAAGAGAUCUCAGAUUUACAUUAUUUAAGCCCAUCAGGUUGCACAUUUUGGGGAAAGAAGCCGUGGAGCCGUAAGAAGAAAAUACUGUGGCAACUAGGAACGCUUGUUGGAGCUCCUGUAGGAAUUGCCUUAAUAGCUGGCAUUGCUAUUCCUGCUAUGAUUAUUGGAAUUCCUGUGUAUGUGGGACGUAAGAUUCACAAUCGAUACGAAGGCAAAGACAUUUCAAAGCACAAGCGAAACUUGGCUAUAGCGGGUGGUGUAACCUUAUCUGUAAUUGUUUCUCCAGUUGUAGCUGCAGUAACUGUAGGUAUUGGUGUUCCUAUUAUGCUGGCUUACGUGUAUGGAGUUGUUCCAAUUUCCCUCUGCCGAAGUGGGGGCUGUGGUGUGUCAGCAGGCAAUGGAAAAGGUGUCAGGAUAGAAUUUGAUGAUGAAAAUGACAUAAAUGUUGGUGGAACAAAUGCAGCUGUAGAUACCACUUCAGUGGCAGAGGCACGUCAUAACCCUAGCAUAGGUGAAGGAAGCGUUGGAGGACUGACUGGCAGCUUGAGUGCAAGUGGUAGCCACAUGGAUAGAAUAGGAGCCAUUCGAGACAACCUAAGUGAAACCGCUAGUACCAUGGCCCUGGCUGGGGCCAGUAUAACAGGGAGCCUCUCGGGAAGUGCAAUGGUUAAUUGCUUUAACAGACUGGAAGUACAAGCAGAUGUGCAGAAAGAACGAUACAGUCUGAGCGGAGAAUCUGGCACAGUUAGCUUGGGAACAGUUAGUGAUAAUGCCAGUACCAAAGCAAUGGCAGGAUCCAUCCUGAACUCCUACAUCCCUUUGGACAGGGAAGGCAACAGUAUGGAAGUGCAAGUGGAUAUUGAAUCAAAGCCAGCCAAAUUCAGGCACAACAGUGGAAGCAGUAGUGUUGAUGAUGGCAGUGCUGCAGGUCGUAGUAAUGCCGGUUGUUCAUCCGCCUGCUUGCCAGAAAGUAAAUCCAGUGCCACCAAGUGGUCCAAAGAAACAACAGCAGGAAAAAAAUGUAAAGGUAAGCUGAGAAAGAAGAGUAGCAUGAAGAUAAAUGAGACACGAGAGGACAUGGAUGCCCAGCUGUUGGAACAACAAAGCACAAACUCCAGUGAAUUUGACUCUCCCUCCCUUAGUGAUAGUAUUCCAUCUGUAGCAGAUUCUCACUCGAGUCAUUUUUCUGAGUUUAGCUGCUCAGAUAUGGAAAGUAUGAAAACUUCCUGUAGCCAUGGUUCCAGCGACUAUCAUACUCGCUUUACCACAGUCAGUGUUCUCCCGGAGGUGGAAAACGAUCGCUUGGAAAACUCUCCACAGCCCAGUGGAAUCCCUGUGCCUGUUCCAACAGCCCCAAGCACUGAUGUUCCACAGCUGAGUUACAUUGCUGAGGAAAGCAUUAAUAAUGGAUCUUCAAAAGAUGUAGAUUUAAGUGUUGGUGAAACACUGAAAGAAACAAACAACAACCAUUCACAACAUGCUGUGGAAUUAAGCACUGCUAUUCAGACUGAAAUUUAAACCUCUAAGUGCUGCAAAAGUAUAUUUACCACUAAAGAACCCUGUCUGAAAGCUGGUUGAAUGACAUGUGACUUCCAUAAGUUUCAGGUGACCAGCAGAAGCAAGGUUUUGAUACAACUGCAUUUUAUAUAUACUUGUCUGAUAAGGCGAAAUACUUCAUAUGGAUCUUAGACCUGUGUGAAGAGACAUGAAGGCUUUAACCAAGUGCAUUACAGCAGUACAAAUACGUCCAUGUUUUGUAUUUUUGCCACAACUUUGCUUGAAAGCAUAUACUUGGUGUAUUUAGAUAAAAAUUGGUAAAUUCUUAAUAUGUUAAAUGCUGAAAUGAAUAAUGUCCUGCACUGUUCACUUGGAAAAUAGUGGGGUUUGGGAUAAAUGGGUGUUAGCUUGAGCGUUAGUGACUUAAAACCAUUCUUGUGUGAACUCUGUUUAAGGGAAGCAAAAGUUUUGCAGAGACCUAUACAAACAUCUUUCAACAGUGAAUAUUCAUAAUGAUGAUUUUGUUUCAUUACUGGGCACACUGUAUUUAGAAUGCAUGUAGAAUGAACCGCAUAUCUUCAGAUGGAUGUAGCCUGUGUCAGAAGUGUUUGUAUGUGUGUACACUUUGAGCAAGGUUAUGGCAUUUUACACAAUUUUGAAACAGAAGAAAUUGGUACUUAAUCUAUGGUGGAAUGGAGACGUCACCUGAGAAGAACAGUGGGUUAACUUAUUUAUUCAUGCAACCAACCAUGCAGCAGCUAAGGCUACUACCUAGUGUAUAAAAACUGUAAAAUAACAAUCCAGUGAUUUGUAAGCAUUGUAGAAAAGCAGAUGCAGUCACCUUUCAUUAGGGGGGAAAACAGUGCCCCAUCAAUUCUUGGUGCCUUUGGAAAAGACUGGGUUUGAAGUGCCUGGUCGUUUGAGGAUUUUACUGUAACGUUUUCCAGAAUGUCCUCUUUGGCCACCUUGGAUCACAAAAGAAAAUUCUAGUGAAUAAAAUGACUGUGGUAGAUAAAUGUAUAAUAAUAAUGAAGUAUUAGCCUACCAAAGACUCUCUCAGGCUUUAGUGGACAUGACAUCUCUUUGCAAGACAUGCAUAUCUUCAGUCCCAGAAUCAAAGUACAGUGCAAUGACUGCCCAAGUGCAAAGAUGGGUUCCAAAUAUGCUGGCUUUUUUCUUUUUUUUUUGCAUAUGGAAGAUGUACAGCUGAACACAAGCUGAAGUUGGCCAAAGCGCCUGCACUGUUAACAUUUUUUUUGAUAUGUAAUUCACUAAAAUGACGAGAAAAAAAUUGUGACUAUCAGAAUAAGUUAACAAUGUUCUGUCUUGUGUUUCAUGUAUUGCCAUUAUGGUGCUACUGGAAGUUUGGUUGGAUAAAAAGAAAAUGCCAUCAGCUGCAGUCCUCUUCCAUGACUUAGCCUCACCAGUUUCAGUAAUAUGCUUAUAACACUAGUGCCAGUUAUGUUAUUUGAUAAUGCUUGUUCAGUAUUUGUAUAUUUGCAAUUCAGUUUCGCUCAAUAAUAUGCGUGUAAACUGCAUAUCUGAAAUAAAUGUCUAAAUACUGA